AAGUGUUCAUUAAAAAAGGAAAAAAACACAGGUUUUAUGCCUAAAAGUUUCAUUUGAUAAUAUUGUUAGCCACCGUAACAUUAUGCACAGUUUGAACAUUGUAACAUUAGAACAUUUUUAAAAAUGACAUAAGUAAUGCUUUUAUUCAAAUGUACCUGACAAAAAUUGUACCGAAAUAAAUGUUUGAAAGCAAACAGUUCAAAAAGAUUAAAUGCUAAGGUACUGUACUUAAAGGUUACAUAACUGUACUCAACAAAUGUACUCUCUUGGACUAACAUUAUGAACAGUUUGCGUAUCACUAGAGAGCCCACAUACCAACCCUUGAGAACCACUGGUCUCGCAGACGUUCUUGAUUAAGCCUUUGAAAUCUGUUUCAACAGUAACUUUGUCCGUCUUCUGCAUCCUCCUUGUGUCCACAAAAUGUCUCCUGGAGAUGAUAAUUGGAUGGAUGUGCAUGUAUCUUAUCCUUUUCAUCUGAAGGUUUUGAAUGCAACGCUUUAUUGGAUCUCAUUAGAUGAAACAAGGGUACCUAAUGAAGUGUCUGCAGUGAUUGCAUUCCCUCCUUAAUGUUAAUUCCAUCCGAGCAGGGGGGGGCGUCGCCGGUUGCUUGUUUCUCCCCUCACGUGUAACACAAGUCUGGAUCACAUUUAAAACACGUUAGCGGUCGUGCGUGUGCAGAGUGAAAUGCUUGGUGACGGCCUGGAAGGAAAGGAUGGUAGCAAGAAGCAAAUAAGUUGGGGGGGGGGGGGGACAAAGAGGUACAGUAGGUGUCAGGGAUCCGAUGGCUUGAACUUCUAAACUUGGGCGUGUAACCGAAGAGAGAGGAAACAGACUUCAACUCUCUCGGGCCUUCCCACUCUUUGAAUUUUAUGAGGUCAUUUUCAGCUUACUCAAGUGAACACUGCGUCAAAGCUUCACAAGACGUUCCAAGUUUUAAAGCCCCUCCAUUUGGCUGGCGGGUGUCUGGGGGGGCUUCUGUUGUGACAGGUUACGACUGGCUGACGUGCACGCACGCAGUUGUGGAGGAGUUUAUGCAGCACAUACACAGAGGAGGUCAGCUGGUCUGGCAGUCAAAGAGAGGAAGCCAGCUGUGAAAAAGAAGGAAGUUCAUAGCGAGUGUUUCUCCCAGACGACGAGAGGAGAGGGUCCAGGCGGGACGCUGAUGGAGAUGAAGCGGACUCUUUGUCGAACCUCCUGCUUGGUGACUCUGCUGGCGGAGCUCAGCUGGAUCAACGGGAGCCUCGGCCUGCAAAGGGAGGCGGGAAGUAGGGUGGCGAAGCAGUGGGAAAGGAAGGUGCGCUCGGCCUCCGGCCUCGACGAGCUGCUCGGGCUCGCCGACUUCCCCGACUGGAAGUUGUGGAAGUGUCGCAUGAGACUGCAGCAGUCGGACUCUCUUUUCUGGCCACCUUUGGCCGGCUCCCAUCGCUCGACGCGUUACGCGGCGGAGUCUUACAGCCUGGAGAUACUCAAAGAAUGUUGCGUCUCCCAUGCAGCCAUCGAUGAGGAGUGGCAACGGACACAGUGCAUGCCGAGAGAGACGUGUGUGGAUGUGGCCAAGGAGCUGGGCACUGCCCCGUCCAUGUUCUUCAAGCCACCUUGCGUGUCCGUCCACAGAUGUAGCGGCUGCUGCAAUCAAGAUGGUGUCACAUGCAGAAACACAAGUACAGUACUGGUCAAUAAAACUGUCCUUAGCGUGUUUCCGUUCAAGUUCGUACCGGAGCCCGUGUUGAUAAAAGUAGCGAAUCAUACAGAAUGCCGAUGCAUGGAGCCGGCCAUUAUACGACGCAACGCUCAGCCUCAGAGGAGCAGUGGUUGUUCUCUGAUCAGUCUGCUUCCAGAGGCUGAGAACUCCAUGAGACUUUGCGUCAGCGGUUGGAUUUGGGAUUGUGCAAGUGACAGAUGCAUACCAUACCCCUCCGGUGGUAGACCAGAGUUGCCACCGACGUCACGGAUGCCCGACUGUGAGAUCGAUGUCGAGCGUUGCGACUGUAUUCCAAGAGCCGAACCCACCGCCCAACUAAGACCGGUCCAACGCUGUCACCUGAACAGCUCCAUCUGUUCUCACAGACGUCAAUAUUUUGACCCCUCAUCCUGCAGGUGUAAGUGGCCCAAGUAGCUGCAAUUAGGACAAACUCGGGCCCGGUCUUAUUGGAAGCAGAGAAAUAGAGGCACAUAAUUUAUUUCCAAUACUAUUUAUGCAAAUCACGUGAACUAAUGGAGAUGAUAGUUAGUCACAGGACCAUGUUAAGCGAUUUUUAACGUGCUGAUCUUAUAUUUGAAUCAAUGUGUGAAUUUUUUUUUUUUUUUUUUUCGUGUGUGUGUGUGCACUGAAUAUAUAGAUUAUAAAAAAAGAUUAUUUUUGUAUAAUUUA